AUGCCUAGCAACAAAGCUCCCUCUGGCUCCCGUCGCCAGGAACGCGAAGACUCUUUCGUCCACGUCAACACCCCUUCAGGUUCCCGUCGCGAGGACUCCUUCGUCGUCAUCCACUCCAGCGACAACGUUCCGUCAGACAAUCAUCGCCAGAACCAGGGCAUUGCCCAGCUCGGCAACUCUUUCAACCAACUCAACAUCGACCAGACUUACAACACUCCUCUCUACAUGACCGCCGCCGGCAACCGGUAG